AUGAUUUUCAUGUCAGACGGUGGCGAUGGCAGUGGUCAGGAUCCUACAGGGAUCGUACAGGAAUUCAAGCAACAAUUUGGAGCCAAUCAUAAUUUCGUCUGUCACACUGUCGGUUUCGGUGCGGGUAUUGCUGCAGGAAGUUCAGCGGCAGAAUUACUUAAAAACAUGGCGUCAGUAGGUGGUGGUCAAGUUUAUUCUGCACUGACAGGUACUGAACUUCAAACUGUAUUCAAUCAAAUCGCUGCAAAUAGUACAACAAGUGAUGAAUUAAUUGAACGAUUCUCAGCUAUUAUUGCACGAGAAAUAAAUGUGAAGAUUAUGGUUGAUUAUUUGUAA